AACAAUAUUUUAUUUUUUGACAGGUGAAUUAGACUCCAAUUUAGAAAUAGAAGUACUUGCCCAAUACGAGGAUCAAUUAGUGGAACAACUAGAAGAACUGGAACCAGAAGAAAUAGUGGAAAUGGAUGAAGAUAGCGAAGAUGUCGCUCUAUUCGUGCAAUCUCGCAAAGGACACACGAUACUUCAAUAUGGCGGCCAUAGAUACAGAAAGGCGUACAGGUCCAAGCAUGGCAUUAGAUGGAACUGUUCCACAGACAAAGGAUGCCCGGCGUUCCUUUAUCUGAAUGACAAUGAUGAAAUCAUCAUGUCCAACAAGAUUCACCAGCACAGCCUCCCGUUCAAUGAGAAUAUUGACACGGAUCAAACUGAUACUGCAGUCGUCAUCACAUCUCGUAAAGGCAAGGAGAUGUUACUCUUCCGCCAAUACACCUACCGUCGGCAGUAUACCAAACCCAACAGAACACGAUGGGUCUGUUCCACGCUCAAGAACUGCAGGGCUUGUGUCUUCACAGAUGACGAUAACUUCAUCACUUCAGCUUUUGAAGAGCACUGCCAUAAUCCGCCUAAAUAUUACCUUAAACCGGAUCAUGUUCUAGGAGCUAUUAGGGAACCGUUUGUUGAUAGCUAGAUAUAAACAUAUGUUACUGGGAAGACCGUCAUAGGGCAUGAACUCUCGUAUUUAUAUACUUACGUCGCUCAAACGGAAAGAAAGUGCUUUACUCCUGGAGCUCGUUUCUCAACAGCUUGUAGGUUGUAAUACAAGUGGAAGUCCGUUUCUAACAGAAGCUGUCAAAAAGUGACAUCCGCUUGUAUUAAAAGUUACAAGCUUUUGAGAAACGGGCCCCUGCUUUACCGACCUUCUGUAAGUAAACAGUCAUAAAGAAAGAGCUUCACUCCUGGGGC